AUGGAGCGGCGGCAGCUGCUGUGGCUCGCGUGCUGCGCCGCGACCCUCUGCGGCUGGGCCGCCGGGAGCCCCUCGGCGGCUCCCACUCCAGCCACGCCGGUGGUCCCGGGCGGGCCGAGCAGCAGCGCGACGGGCACCGCUGCGGGGAGCCACGUGGAGCCCUCGCGGGACGGCCCCGGUGACGGGAGCAGUGAGGGGACCAAGGCAGCGCCGAGCAGCUCUGGCGCCCCGUCCCAGCCCGGUGCCACCACGCUGGCCGGCGGCGGAGCGGACGCCAGCUCGGAGGCCAUCACCUGCCACGAGGUCAAAGACGUGCGAGAGCCCGAGGGCACCUGCCUGCAGCUCCAGGAGGCCAACACGUGUAAACACUUCCUAGCCACCAAGGGCGCCGAGCUGUGGAGCGCGAUAUGCGAGCAGGGCGCCCGCCGCGUCCCCUCGCCCUGCCGGAUCCAGCUGGCCGCCUCCGAGGUGGAGCGGGACUGUCUGCUCCUCGUCCUGCCCGGAGAAGCAGCCAUUGCAGAUCCCACCACGGAUGUGCUCCACAAAUCCCACUGGGAGAAGCUUGGAAUCAAAUCCCUGAAGCGGGGCAGCGUGAGGAGCCACCAGGACUUUUCUCGGAAGACGCUGAUCGCCCUGGUGACGUCCGGGCUCCUGCUGGCGUUCCUGGGCUUGGCCGGCUACUUCCUGAUGAGGCGGCGGAGCUGGAGCCCCGCGGCAGAGAGGCUGGGAGAAGACCCCUAUUACCCGGAGAGCGACAGCCAGGGCAACACGAUGGCCACGACGGCGUCGCAGGAGCCCGCGGAGCGCCCCGAGAAGGGCAGCGCGCGCGGCGGCGCGCAGGAGAACGGCACGGGGCAGGCGGCCUCGCCGAACGGCUGCUCGGCCCCGGCGCACGGCCUGGCCGACACCGCCAUGUGA